GGAAUUAGUCAGAGAACACUAUUGAAGAGAUGAAGUUCAAUUUAGUAGCUGUCUUGCUUUCAUUAUUCGCGCUCGGCCUAUCUCAUCAGGACACUAGUGCAGAUGACAAAUCACAUGGUAUUCAGCUCGUCUCUCCGAAGGAUAAGACAUUUGUCUUAAAUGGAGCCGCAUUAAGUUCCAUCCUAAACAAUGACGACUUGGAAGAUCGUCACCUCGUUAUCAUUUCAAUUGCUGGUCCGUUUCGACAGGGCAAGAGUUUCUUACUUAAUUUCUUCAUAAGAUAUUUGAACGCACAAUACAAAAAACACGAUGCAUCGAAUUGGCUCGGGGGCGAUGGCCCACUGGAGGGAUUCAAGUGGCGAAGUGGCCAGAAACGUGAGACAACGGGUAUUUGGGUUUGGUCAGAUUUUUUCACUCACGACUACGAAGACGGGCGGAAAGUAGCGAUCAUCCUAAUGGAUACGCAAGGUGUAUUUGAUCAUCAAACGUCUACCCAAGAUAACAUUUUGAUCUUUGCCUUGAGCAUCAUGAGCUCUUCGGUUCAGUGCUACAAUUUGAUGCAAAACAUCAAAGAGGAUAAUUUACAACAUUUGCGAUUGUUUAGUGAAUAUGGUCGCAUAUCUCUGAACCAUACAUCUGAAAAGUCAUUUCAAAAACUGUUGUUUAUCGUGCGAGACUGGCCCUUUGCACAUGAAACUGGCUAUGGUUGGAAUGGAACGAAAACUGUUGAAAACAUUAUGAAAAUCACCGAAGAUCAGUCGGAUGAAAAUACCGCGUUGAGGAAACAGCUCCGACAGAGUUUCAACGAAAUCGAUGGCUUUUUAAUGCCCUCACCGGGUGAAAUCGCGACCAAAAGUGGUAGUUUCACGGGUGAUUUGAAUGAAAUCGAUCCCAAUUUCAAGACAUACGUUAAGAUCUUAGUGGAAGAACUUCUUUCGCCUGAGAAACUUAUCGUGAAAAAAAUCGGUGGCCAAGAAUUGACAAUUCAAGAUUGGGUGCGGUAUUUGCAGUCAUCUAUGGAAAUGUUUAAAGGGGACCAACUACCAAAACCGAAAGACAUGUUCCAGAUGACCUUGGAAGCGAGUCAAAAGAAAUUAUUCAGUGAUUCCUUAGCGAAUUAUGUGAAAAAAAUGACGAAAGCUCUUAAUAGAUCAGAACAACCUCAGAGUGAUGGUGAUUUCAUAGCUACCCAUCAAAUGGCAAAAGAUGAAACAUUUGAAGAAUUUGAUAAAGUUCCCAAGUUUGGCGACGAAACAUCCAUAUCUGUUCUUCAUGGAGAAAUCGAAAAAGCAAUUGAAAAAAAAUCCAACCAUUUUGUGAAAGAGAAUGAUAUGAAGCACGCUGCUCAUAAUAAAAAUAUAACCGAAUACAACCGACUGUUAGCCAAUCAAAUUGAAUAUAGAGUCAGAGAUAAAUUCUUGAAAGAAUUUGAGCUUAAGCCAGAACUUACCACAUUUGUUGCUAGGUUCCAUUUAGCUAAAUUCGGGGCAUUGCAAGAAUUUGAUCAUAAGAUGAUGGGUGCAUCCGAAAAUGCACAAGGCUUACGUAAUAGACUUGAAAGACACUUGUCUGAAUUGGAGCAUGCUCUAAGUGAGGCUAUUAUUCACAAACUUGCAAAAGUGGCAAAAGACGCUAAGGAUGCACAAGAUGCACAGCAGAACGCAAUAAAUGCACAGAUUGAAUCAAAUGCAACAGGUGAACAUCCAAACCCAGUAGCCUUACUAACUAUUUUGCUAAAGCUUGGUUGCUUAUUUAUCACGAGCAUUGUUUGUUAGUUAUCAUUGUGAUGGACACCACUGAAUACUUUAACCUGACAACCAACCAAUCAUGUGUCUGGUUCUACAGUGGAAAAUUUAACAAAUAGAGACAAAUUGAAUCCCAA